AUGCUCCACCAACUCAAGAUCUCGAUUGGGAAUGUCCACUGUUCAGAUUGCGAGGUCAAUAUUCGCCAGACAUUGGGUAAGUACAUGCAAUUGAGAAAUUUACCGACAAACCUAACCGAGAACCAAGAGUUACUUUUGAAGGUGGUUUAUUUCAACUUGGACAAUGGUGUGAUCAAUUUAUACUAUAGAGUAGAAGAUGUCGUGGGUCGCAGUCCCUUCGAAAACUCAGUGAAGCAAGUGAUACAAUCGUUGAAGAAAAGUGGUUUCUCGGUCUUAUUUUGGAACUUGGAUCAUGAUGGGAAAUGUAUUCUUAGUUCACAAACCAAACUAUCCAGCCUUAUGAGUCCUGACAUAGACCUGGACGCGAGAAUUCUGCUUCAACAGCUCUGGCAAGUUUAUAAAAAGAAGCAAACACUCAGACAUCACAUGAAUAACUGCAACUACUGUCAAAUGGAAAAACAAAAAGAGUCUUCAGUGGCCGGUCAUAAACUCAAAGACAACGAGACCUCUACUGAUGAUCACGAGGGCUCAGUCGAAACACUCUUGAAUUCCACAGAGCCAGAAUAUAGGGUCGUAAUUUCAAUAAGCGGCAUGUCGUGUGUCCCUUGUGUUGCUUCAAUAUCAGAGGCAAUUGCAGCGCUUUUCAAGGAGCGAGGAGUAGAAAAGAAGAAUGACGAGCCCCAGUUUUCGGUCAAUUUGCUCCAGCAGUCAGCCAUUGUAUUAGUGCCCAAUAAGCAAAUGGUGAACCAGGUACUUGACGUAGUAGAGAGCACAGGCUUUACUGCUCGCCUUCUCGAAGUCUUACCUAUCCAGCGGUCAGUAAACCAAAAGAUCAUUGCUGUUAUUGGUGGCCUAACUUGCACAGCUUGUGUAAAUGCAGCCAUGUCAGCUGCAAAUGACUUACCAUUUGUGUUGGAGUGUGGGAUAAGCGCAGUCACCAAAUCGGGCCAGUUCAUCCUUGAAGGCUCUAAUUUAGGCGAUGGCAAAAGAGAUAUAGAAAAAUUAAAAGAAUCUAUCGAAGACUGUGGAUUUGAAUUCAAGCUAGUUAAAGACGAGAAAGUCAAUUUUACUACAGGUCAACGUCAGUCCAGGUCUAUCAAUAUUGGGGUUGACGGUAUGUUUUGCACGAAAUGUCCAACCAUCAUAAUGUCUUACCUUACAGCGUUUGGGGAAGCCGUGGUCAUCGAAGAACCCAUUACGUUGGAUCAGCCUUUUGUUCAGUUUACUUAUAUUCCAAAUUACGAAGAAAAAGUGACAGUGCGCAGAUUCUUGUUUGACUUAAAUCACCUAAAGCCACUGCCUAAUGAGGAAGGAUAUGUCGUGGAUCCCGACUCUGAAGGCAUAUUCAAGUGUAACGUUAUUGAAACGAUUUCUAUUGAUGAACAUUUGCGGAAGAUUUUAAAACUCGAAACGAAAGAAAUUGUUCGUCGGUUAGUCAUUGCUGCCGUCUUGGCUAUCCCCUCUUUUGUAUUUGGCAUUGUGGGCAUGUCUUUGAUUUCGAAAAAGAACUCGUUCAGAAUUUGGUUAGAAGAGCCAAUAUGGGCUGGAAAUGUCUCUCGAGUUCUGUGGAUACUUCUUUUCUUGAGCACGCCUGUAUACUUUUUUGCAGCUGACAUAUUUCAUGUCAAAGCACUAAAGGAAAUACGGUCUUUAUGGAUCCGGAAAAACUCUUUCAAAAAAAGGUUUUUUAAAUUCGGCUCGAUGAGUCUUCUCAUGUCCCUAGGAACAACAGUCGCUUACAUUGCAAGCAUAGCUUUACUCAUUCUAUCGUCACAACAGGAGCAUGUUUCAAGCAUGGGAUCACAUACAACAUAUUUUGAUUCCGUCGUCUUUCUUACGUUUUUUUUGUUGAUUGGUCGUCUUCUUGAGAGUUUGUCGAAAUCCAAAACAUCUGACGCCGUUGCAAAUUUGAGUUCAAUGAAAGCCUCUCAAGCAACCAUUGUCGAACAAAGCGAAAGAUUAAAUCCGGAAGGCAACGUUUGUUACAUCAAUGAUGAAGUUGUUGACGUCAAGCUUCUUGAUUCAGGAGACUACAUCAAAAUGUCAACGGGGGAAUCACCCGCAGUUGACUGUGUGCUAGUGGAAGGAAGCACGAGCUUUGAUGAGUCGGCUCUUACAGGAGAGUCCGAUCCCAUCAAGCAUAAAACAGGACAUCAGGUAUUUUCUGGAACUGUUAACAUGGGCCACUCAGCGGUAAUUGCCAGGAUUUUGAAUGUGGAUGGGACGUCUUUAAUAGAUCAAAUUGUGAGUACAGUGAGAGAUGGCCAAAUGAGAAAAGCCCCAAUCCAAAGACUUGCCGAUGUUUUGACCGGCUACUUCGUACCGUGUAUUGUGGUCAUUGCCAUUGUGACAUGGAUAGUGUGGCUUUCGCUUGCAUACUCCAAUGUGCUCCCUGAUAGCUACCUCGAUAUUGAUGUUGGCGGGUGGACUGUUUGGUCCCUUGAAUUUGCUAUCGCAGUUUUUGUUAUUGCCUGCCCUUGUGGUAUUGGAUUGGCCGCACCCACAGCUUUGCUUGUUGGCUCGGGCCUUGCAGCUAAGUACGGGAUUUUAGCCAAAGGAGGAGGCGCAGCAUUUCAAGAUGCUGCCCAGACAAACUUAAUCUGUUUUGACAAAACAGGCACGUUGACCCAAGGAAAAAUGAAGGUCACGGAUGCGGCAUUCGUUAGUAAUGGAACACACGAACAGCUUCUUAGAACAUUUGCCUUGCAGCUCACGAGAGACCUUGAACUUGCCUCAAAGCACCCAAUAGCCACGGCUAUAAAAGAGUUCUUGACCUCGGACUUCGAGGGCAAUGUGAACCCCACAACAAACAAAAUACCUCAAGUGGAGACAGUCGCAGGAAAGGGGUUAAAAGGAGUGCCAGUUAUUGAACUUUCUGAAGGCAACACCUGGUCAAAAUUUCUGCCAGAAGAAGUGAUCUUGGGAAACGAGGCCAUACUCACAGAUCAUCAUGUGUCGUUAGACGAAGAGCAAAAUAGAUUUGUUACCCUAUGGCAAUCCCAAAAGAAGUCUGUGGUGAGUGUCGCGAUAAAGUGCCUGAAUCUUUUUAAAGACUCUGAAUUCCACUUGAUAUUGAUGUUAGCCUGUCGAGAUGAAUUGAGGCCGGAGUCCAAGGGAAUUCAGUGCUGGAUGAUAACAGGCGAUAAUAAGCUCACCGCCGCCGCUAUUGGCAAGGAAGUUGGUAUCGAUCCAUCGAGAAUUAUAAGCGGCGUUCUUCCGAAUGAGAAACAGGCAAAGGUCCAAAUGCUACGCGAAGAAGGCAACACGGUGGCUAUGGUUGGGGACGGAAUCAACGACGCACCUGCAUUGGCCUGUGCCGAUGUUGGCAUUGCUUUGUCCUCCGGAGCAGAUAUUGCAGUGACCUCAAGUGAUUUCAUUUUGUUAGGCAAGGCCCACCCCCUAGUCACUUUGUUUACCCUUUUUGAUUUGGCAAAGGUUGUGUUUCGGAGGAUUAAGUUCAAUUUUGGAUGGAGUCUUGUCUACAACUUGGUGGGUGUACCCAUUGCUGUCGGUGUCAUCUACCCAUACAAAAACCUGCGACUUAGCCCGGUAUGGGCUAGUGCUGCAAUGGCGGCAUCUUCGGUCAGUGUGGUUACUAGUAGCUUGUUGCUUCGCUUGUACAAGCCAAAAGUGCGCUCGGGCGACUUGAGUCCGGAUGUGGACCAUACCGAGCAAAACGUGAAUAUCUAUCAGCUUUGA